UACUGUGCGAACUGUGAUUGGUCACAGCUUGUCACAUGGUACAACGCUGUUGUGAAUAGCCUUGUACCAUGUGACCUCUGUGAUCAUUCAAAUAUUUCACAAGUAGUAAGCAAUGAUGUCAGAAGUGACAUCUUGUUUACUACUGUUCAUGUGAUCACUGAUUGGCCAAUCAGUGAUUACAUGACUGGGGACUUCACACAGAGGUCCCGUACAGCGAUUGCAGGUCCCGGCACCCAGCAAUCACCGAGUAUCACUGAUGGGAGAGAGGUCUGUAUGUAAACAAUACAGAUAUCUCCCGUCAGCUCCAGCAUGCUGCUUUGUA